AAAAAAAAAAUUUUUAGAGAAGAAUAACUUAGCUACAAUGUGCGAACCGGGCUUCGCGCGACGCCGUGAGGAGGUAACCGGCUUAAAUCGCAUCACCGAAAAGGGACUCAAGGAUAUUUGCAAGAGGGACAAAUUAUAUCAAACACCACGUCUCAACGAUGUGCUCUACUUGCACUUCCAGGGUUAUCAAUGCAUAGAAAACCUGGAUGAAUACACGGAGCUCAAAAGCCUUUGGCUCGAAAGCAAUGCCAUUUCGGAGAUACAAAACCUUACGAAACUCACAAAACUCAAGUGUUUGUAUUUGCAGAAUAAUUUGAUAACCAAAAUGGAGAAUCUCGAGUUCAAUCGCGAGUUGGAUACGCUGAAUCUCAGCCAGAAUCACAUACGUAAAAUAGAGAAUAUCGGCACAGAUAUUCUACCAGUUUUGAAUACGCUAAACAUCACUUCAAAUUAUCUGACGGACAGUGCCAGUUUGGCUGCUUUGGUGGAGUGCAAGACAUUGUCGGUGUUGGACUUGUCCAACAAUCGCAUUGAUGAUAUUUUGAUUGUAAAGAUAUUCGAGCAGAUGCCCAGCCUGAAGGUGCUAGUGCUGCAGGGCAAUCCUGUGGUCUCCAGACUGCCGCAGUACCGCAAGACGUUGAUAUUGGCCUGUAAAGAGCUCACCUACUUGGAUAGUCGUCCUGUAUUUCCACGUGAUCGCGCCUGUGCAGAGGCCUGGAAACGCGAGGGCUACGAAGGCGAACGAAAAGAAGUUCAACGCUGGAAUCGUGCCGAGCGUCGCAAAACACGUGAAAGUGUCAACAGUACCAUACGUAUGCGCAAUAGACAUCUAAAACCAGAGAACCAGGUGCCCCUACUCACCUCCAGUGAUUCCGAGGAGGAACAGAAAGGCAUUUCCAGUGCAGAAAAGGCACAGAAGCGAGCCGAAAUGGAAUAUGGUUCUGUGGAUACCAUGUGGGAUGAGGUUUCUGGGGAAAGUCAAGCCUCGGAGCAUAGCACAACCAGUUCCACAUCGGCGGAGGAUAAUGAAAGUGCCGGCUCGCAGGCGGAUCACAUUGCCGAACGCAUCAGUAAUCGUCGUGUGAAGCCUCUGGAGGGACGACCAAAAGUGCUGUACGAUGAGGCAGCAUCGGGCGAUGUGGACAGCAUUGUGAAACUUGUAACAAACAAAGAAGAAAAUGAACAAAAGGAUCAGAAUAUUUCAGAGAUUGAGGAACAGCACAAAGGCAAGAUUGUUUUUAUAGAAGAAAUGAAUGAAAACCAAAAUGCUUCGAUGGGAAAUCAGAAAGCAGUCUCUGAAGCUGUAGAAACCAUUGGAAAACCUGUCGCAGUCGAUGUCAACAAUACAUUAUCGAAUAGUAUCGUCGAACCUGUAAACGAACAAAACAAUCUGGCUUCCGAUCAGAUGGAACAUCUCAAAGGCAAGCGAAUUCUUAUAGAAAAAGUGGAUGAUAUUGAUCCAAUUAAGAAAGAACUAAAGUAUUUUGAUGAAGCAAUGCAAAAUAAAGAAUUGAAGCAAACAUCAGAGCUAGAGGAAAAGGCAGUCACAACCACAGACUCUAAGAAAGACUCGAAUGCAGAGGAUCUUCCUGAAUUGAAGGUCAUCACAGAGGCACUUCUUCAGUCAGAUACCGCCUCGAAGCCGCCUCUUCAGCCGACACUUCUUCAAUCAGACAGCGGUUCAGAGAUGGAUAACACCGCAGAUCUUGAGCAGACAUGUCAAACGCUGCUCCAAGUGGCCCAAGGAAACGAUGAUGACGGUGACCCCACUCCAAAACAAAUCAAAAGCCAAAUGAUAGAUGAAAUGUACGAGAGUUUCGGCUCGGAUUUGUUUGAAGAACAUCCCCUACCCAUCGAUCAGCUGCUGAACGAAAGCACCAAAAAAUACCAACUGGAGGCCAAAGUCUGUUGCGAGGAGGAGACAACCAAGACACCCAGAGAUCUCUAUAAGGAAUUUAUUGAGGAAGUGACCUGGCGGCCCAAAAGCAAAGAACAAUUGGAACGGGAACAGGAGUGUGUCGAUGCCAGUGAGAAGUGUGCCCAUGAUUUGGCAGAGAUGGGCAGCCAUCUGGAAGAGGAUCUGCAGGAACUACGCGAUUUCACAGAGAACCUGAGUAGCGAUGUCCAAGAGCAAGCGAAGGAUCCAUCCGAGUCGGAUGAGGAGCCGACAGAGGAAGAAAUGGAGGUAAAGUCACAAUUGCUAAAGGAGCAGUUCCAAGAUCGCAAGCAGAGACUCAAGGAGGCUAUUGAGGAGCGAAAGACUAUGCAAAAGAAUCUUGAAGCCAGAAAGGAGGACCUGAAUAAAAGUUAUAAUCUCUUUGCCAAAAUCAUGGACGAUGCCACGGAUAAUGUGCCGAAGCGCGUGUUUGGUGCUGGCUGUGAUAUGCCCAGCAAAGAUUGGGACAAAGAAGAGUGCAUGCAGCAGUUGCCCCUGACCUCAAUGGAGGACUCCAUCAAUGGGCGGCCCUCUUCCAAUGACGAAGAUAUAUUGACACGACCCUUGACAGAGCUAACCAGUGCCGAAGCCGCUGAAGAAAUCUGCUCUCAAUUGGAUCGGAAACUGGCCGGCGAGGAGGCAGCCCUGCGUCAGCUGCUCUGUGAUCUGGAAAAUGAAAACGAGAUAUUAUAUAGCAUUGAGACACAAAUCAAAUAUGCGGAGUCCAUCAGCGUAGAGGACUCGCAAUCGCAGAUGGUUUGUGCCUCACUCCUAAACGAUCUGAUUAGUGAUGUGAUCUACAAGGACAUCACAGAAAUGGGUCCCAAUAGCUAUCCGCUGGGGCCCAUCGAAUCCGACGAAGAGUACACCUACUCGGAAGAACCAAAGCUGGAAAAGAUGGUGCCACCGCAUCUGGAAAAUCCAGCAGGUGGCAAGAGCCUGCGCGAAUGUGUGGACACCUUCAAGGAGUUCUUUGCCUCCAAGGGGAACGAUAAGCCCCGGCAAGAGUCCCACACACACUUGGAGAAAAUACGAGCUGCCAAGGCCCUGUUGAAGUCCAAGAGUUUGGCGGAGUUUAGCAAGGACACACCCGAAAGUUUGGAUGCCCAAUUGGCCAAGGAUGAGGAUCGGCGCAAGCGACAUGUGGCUGCAUCCGCAGGACGCUGCUUUGCCAAACGCGAGAAGUACGAUGACACUUUGGAGGUCGUUGACAAUCGUCUGAUGGUCGUCAAGAAGGACACUGGGGAACUGGAGGAGUUGCCUCCGCCGCCGGAACUGAUCAGUGACUCCGAAUCGGAGAAGGAGGUGGAAGAAGAUGACGAUGCCUACGAUACUGCCGAAGAGACGCUCCAAGAAUAUCCACGUGUUCCCUGGACCACACCGUACAAGCCAAAGCCACGCAAAGCUGCCGAACAUUUGGUCAACGAAGCCAUGCAACGUAUCCUAGCCGAACAAUUCUCUGAACUCCCCGAUGACACAAAGGAAAACGAGCCCCAGGAAGAUGAAUUCUUUUCGCUGGAAGCUAAGGAAACAUUUGGCAAUCUCGAUUCCGAGUUCUUCCAAAAAUUGGAUCUUGAUAAAGUGACGACAGCGAACAAUGCGGAAGCUGCCACCGAAUGUAUGCGCAGCUACAAUGAACUGAAGGCCUGCAUGAAGUCGGGCUCCACAGAGCUCCAAUUGACCAGCGAGGAGAACGAAAUGCUACAGGAGAUGCUGUCAUCUAAUGAGGAUCUGGAGGCCAAGCACAAGUCAAACGAUGAUCCGUUGGUGGAGCGGGAUAACGAAUUGUUGAACAAAAUGAUGCAACGCAUGAAGGAGCACGAGGAGCGGGCACGUGAGUUGCAGGAACAGCUGGAGAAAGAGAAGGAGGAGGAGAACUCAGGUCCCAUUAAACUCUCGAUGGGUGAGGGAUCCAUGCUGUAUCAGCGUUGGAGUCCUUUAUCCUUAACAGAAAUCAUUGAUCCACAAGCCGAAGAAGGAGGUCGUCAAGCAGAAGAAGGAGGUGCUCAACAAGAAGAAGGAGGUGCCCAGUCUGAAGAAAGAGAUGAUCAAGCAGAAGGAGUUCCCCAAGCUGAAGAAGGCGUAACCCAGGGAGAAGAAAGCGUUCUCCAAGAAGAAGAAACACAUGCCGAAAACGGGGUUGCUCAAGCAGAAGGAAGAGUUCUGCAAUCCCCAGAAAUAUAUCCAAUAAUCGGCUACGAGGACAUUGAUGACGAUGAUGCCGCAUCCGAUUUCACAACCGAUUAUUCAUCCGACGAUGAGGUGGCCGUUGUCGUGCCGCCAAAGAUAUCCCCCGCAAUGCUCAAAGCCUAUUACUACGAUGGCUUCGAAGAGGACAUGCGUAUGGUUCGCGAGAAUGAGGCCAGAACUCGUCGUGGUCUGCGCGCAAUAAUGCAGAAGGAAAAGCAAAUGUGGAAGGACAAUGAAGAAAUGGCAGCCGAUAUGGCACCUUCCCCAUCACCAAAGGAGGAGCACAUCCCAGAAGUAAAGACUGAAACAGAAACGGCCAAACCGACUGUGGAAACUGCCAAGGAUAAGUGGGCAAAAAUAGCAUCAAGAUUGAAUGAAUUUCUUGAUCCCGAGGCCAUGGAGCAGCUGGAGAGCCACGAAUUUGGCGAAAGUGAUGGCGAGGACGAUGUAGACCUUACUGGCUUGCAAAACUAUGACGAAGAGUCGGAAACUGAAUGCGAGAGCGCUUUAAAAGAAACCGCCGAGAUUGGGGAUUCAGAGAAGCAAGAAAAUAAAACACAGGAUGAAACACUGGAUCCCAAAGAUACAGAAGCAAUCACUGAUGAAUGGAGUCCCUAUCAGACCUCUUAUCGUAACAAUAAAUUGACCAUGAUCACCGAACAAACCAGUGACGUUGGGGAUCCAGAGACUGAAACGACGAAACUAAUUUGUCAGUGGGAAAAGAUAAUCCCAGAAGAUUCAAAGAUAGGCGAUGGUCCUACAGAGAAGUUUCUAGACCAAAAAGCCCAAGACAACCCAGAAACCACAGAUGAACGCCCAGAAAACCCAAAAAACUUCAUAACAUUGGACUACUUUGUGGACACUGAACCCUCUGAAUCACUAGAAGACACUGAAGCCACUGAAACACCAGAAGUCUCAACCGAACAAACCCUCAAAACGGAACAAAUGGAAUUUAAUCUGGAUGUCCUAAACGACGAUGGCGAUGUGGUCAUCAAAGAAGUCACCGUCGAGGCCCAAGUGACCUACCAAUAGAAGCAUGCAUUCGUUUCUUUGUUUAGUUUUUAAGUAACAGGAUUCUAGAGUAUGUUCAUUUAAUUAAUUUUCGCACUUCCUGUAAAUAAACGAGCAUUCCCAA